GAAUCAAAUACUGAAUUAAAAAGAUGUUUUAUGAACAUCUUUAAUGAGUAAUUCUUUGGGAGAUCCCCCAAGACAACUGCUGAUACAAAAAACAGCAUCGAAAAUAAUUUCAUGUAUGUUCUGUUUGCUUUUUUGACUCUUAGGAAUGCAAAGGGUGCAAAGAAUCAGGCAAAAAUAUUAGUUGUGAUAUUUAAGGCUAUAAAGGUAAUCCCAGUUCACUAAGUAAACCAGUUCUGCCAUCUUAUGUGAGUGCAAGGUCCAAAGAUGCUUUCCUUAUUUUGAGUGAUAUUGGGCACUAUCAUUCAGCAAAUAAUUGAAAAUUCAGCCCGUUUUUCUCUCUGAAGAUUAGUACAAAUCUGCUGCUUUUGUGUCUUCGUGUGUUUCCUUUUCUAUGAGGGUACAACAGAAGCUUUUUCCUUUUUAGUUUUAGUUUUUACUUUGGGGUUUGCAUUUGUUUGGUUAGUUGGUUGAUGCAUUUUUUUUUUUUAAACAGAAUUUUUGUGUCUUCUGCUGUCGUGGCAUCAAGGGGCCAGAGACCAUGUAGUAGUAAAAGCAGAGGCUGUGGGCCACCCAGGCCAGGUUUAGUUCUCAUACUCUUACAGACUUUUUACAAGGCAUUAGAUGGGAGUUUCUUUUCCACAAUUCAGUUACUGUUUUGAGGCUGUCCAUAGACUUGGGAGUUUGUAACUCUGAAUGCACAUUCAUCAUAUUUUCAGAUUUAUUUUAGUUUGAAUGUGCUCUUUUGUGUGCUCUCUCAACCAAACUGAUUUCUGAUUACAUAGUGGGACCUCUGGGUCUUCAUUAAAAGCCUGAGCUAUUACAGAGCUUAAAACAGACAGUAGUAGGUGACUCACCUGAUAUGUAGGUAAAAGGCACUAUUUAGGAGAGACCUUCAUAUGACUCUCAAGUCCAAUGUAGGAGACAAUGCCAGAAUCUUAGAUGCUGAACUGAAGAUGCUCAGAAGUCUUUUGAACAACUAUAAUUAAUUUGUUGUUAGAUAGAAAAUUGGCAGAAUAUUCAAGCAAGGAAACCUGACUGACUGGUGCUUAAAGAGCUCCUCCCCUCUCUUCUCAGCCAUGUGCUCCCACAGGCUGCCCUGUGCUGGUCUCAGGGGUCGUUUGACACUCAUAAGGAACUAAACCAAAGGAAAGCAAAUUUUGAUUAAAGAAGGGGAAAAAAAGGAGUCAUAUUCUAUUAGUGUAGCUCCUUGAAUGAACUAGCAGGGAAAUAAUUUGGUUUUAUCAGAGUAAGGUAAAUAUUUUUUCUCUUGAGUCACAAGGAAGGAUGGUCCACUGCAGUCAACAAAGGGGAGGAGGGACAUGGGCCUUCCCUACUUAGUUACAGUGAGUGCUUAAGAAAUUAGAAUUUUCUUCUCUUGCAUUAAGAAAAUCAGAAUUUUUCCUGUGGUAGCCUGUACUGCAGCAAAUCUCAUUGUUUGUUUGGGGAUAUGUCUUUCCGUUUUUGCUGUUAACCUCCAUAAUGACAUCUCAUAGAAAGAUUAUUUUAAUUGGUCCUUCAUUAUUGGUUUUUUUUUUUCAGUUGGCCAAUUCUGAAGAUAUUCUGACAGGUUUUUUUCAUAAAAGUGCUCCUCCUUAUGUUUCUGCUUUUCUGGAUAACAUACAUUGUAUACUAAAAGUUAAUACUUGCUGUCUUCCAGAACCAUUUACUUUCAGCAAUGUUAGGAUAUCUAUGUUAUGAUCUUGAAUUAUGGUGAAAAAUAACACAAAGUUUUCUAGUUUAUAUAAUCAGUAGGUAUUGAUGACUCUUGAUUUGUGCUGUGAGUCUGAUAUGUAUUUAUAAAUUAUGGACCUUUUAUAUCUGUAGUUCUGAACAUGGAACUUUACACACCAGAUACAAUGUGGAACUGUAGAAAAAGAAUCAGUUUUUAAUAGUCUGGAGUAGUGGGUAUCCCACGUAGUAGAGUGUUAUAGUUAAUUAAACUACUAAUCAUCAUUUAAGGAUAUAGGUAGAGUCUAAAAUCAGCUUAAGUCUAGAAGAAUAUUUAGUUCAGGCUUUUGUGUCUUCGUAAAGUAUGUACAUUGCUCAGAGGCUGGUGAGGCUUUGGGGACAGUAUCUGUUUUCUCAACACAUUGUAUAUGUGCCUUAUGCAAUCAUAUUUGCUAUGUAGAAUAUUAGAAAAUCUGCCCAUAAACAAUGAAGAGUUGGCUGUUUUACAUGGCUUUGAAAACUUCAGUAAUUGUGGGGUUUUUCGUUUUGCUUUUUAGGGAAUAAAACAAUGCUAAUGAAGCAACCCUUUCCUUGAAGUUUGAGUUUUCAGACUUGUUGCUGUAAUGGAUGAGCAGCAAGCUUUGAAUUCAAUCAUGCAGGAUUUGGCUGUGCUUCAUAAGGCCAGUCGUCCUGUAUUGCCCCAGCAAGAAACAGGAAAACCAAAGUCAUCUUCACCUAAAAAACAGAAUGAUGUUAGAGUCAAAUUUGAACAUCGAGGUGAAAAAAGGAUCCUGCAAUUACCAAGGCCUGUUAAACUUGAAGAUCUUGCAGCUAAAGCUAAAGUUGCUUUUGGACAGACUAUGGAUUUACAUUACAGCAAUAAUGAGCUUGUAAUUCCAUUAACCACACAGGAUGACCUGGACAAAGCUGUUGAACUGCUUGACCGUAGUGUACAUAUGAAGAGUCUGAAGAUAUUGCUUGUAAUACAUGGAAAUACACAGUCACCCAGUGUAAAUAAUAUGGAACCCUUGCCCUCACUGGAAGAUUUAGAUAAUACAGUGUUCGGUGUGACAGACAGGAAAAGGCGACUGUCUGUAAUAGGUUCUAAUACUCGUGAUAGGAGUUCACCUCCCCCAGGAUACAUUCCAGAUGAGCUGCAUCAGGUGGCUCGAAAUGGGUCCUUCACCAGUAUCAACAGUGAGGGUGAAUUCAUUCCAGAAAGUAUGGAUCAGAUGCUGGAUCCAUUGUCUUUAAGCAGUCCUGAAAACUCUGGCUCGGGAAGCUGUCCCUCACUUGACAGCCCGUUAGAUGGGGACAACUAUCCCAAAACUCGGAUGCCAAGAGCACAGAGCUAUCCAGAUAAUCAUCAGGAAUUCUCAGUAGAGUAUGAUAUCCCAAUAUUUGAGAAAUUUGGAAAGGGAGGGACUUAUCCCCGAAGAUACCACAUUUCAUAUCAUCAACAAGAUUACAAUGAUGGUCGUAAAACUUUUCCAAGAGCCAGAAGGACUCAGGGGAACAGCUUCCGAUCACCAGUUAGUUUCAGUCCCACUGAUCACUCGCUGAGCACGAGCAGCGGAAGCAGCGUCUUUACACCGGAAUACGAAGAUAACCGAAUGAGGAGGAGGGGAAGCGACAUAGACAAUCCUACCUUGACAGUCAUGGACAUCAGCCCACCCAGUCGCUCACCACGAGCUCCAACUAACUGGAGACUUGGUAAACUGCUGGGUCAAGGUGCGUUUGGCAGAGUCUAUCUGUGUUAUGAUGCUGAUACUGGAAGAGAACUGGCUGUUAAACAAGUUCAGUUUGAUCCUGAUAGUCCAGAAACCAGCAAGGAAGUAAAUGCACUUGAAUGUGAGAUUCAGUUGCUGAAAAAUCUGCUGCAUGAAAGGAUCGUUCAGUAUUACGGCUUUUUGAGAGAUCCACCAGAAAGGACACUCUCAAUAUUCAUGGAGUACAUGCCUGGGGGUUCCAUCAAAGACCAAUUGAAAUCGUAUGGAGCACUCACAGAGAAUGUGACUCGUAAAUAUACGCGGCAGAUUUUGGAAGGAGUUCACUAUUUGCACAGUAAUAUGAUUGUCCAUCGAGAUAUUAAAGGAGCAAAUAUUCUGCGGGAUUCAGCAGGCAAUGUGAAGCUUGGUGACUUUGGUGCCAGCAAACGACUGCAGACUAUCUGUCUCUCUGGUACAGGAAUGAAGUCUGUCACAGGAACUCCCUACUGGAUGAGUCCCGAAGUUAUUAGUGGAGAAGGGUACGGCAGAAAAGCAGACAUCUGGAGCGUAGGUUGCACAGUGGUAGAAAUGCUCACGGAGAAGCCCCCGUGGGCAGAGUUCGAAGCCAUGGCUGCCAUCUUUAAAAUUGCCACUCAGCCAACCAACCCCCAGCUGCCACCUCACGUCUCCGACCACGCUCGGGAUUUCUUGAAACGGAUUUUUAUUGAGGCCAAGCUGCGACCGUUUGCAGAUGAACUGCUAAGACACACGUUUGCACACUAUCACUAACACCUGCCUCAACUCAGCUUGCAUCUACUGCAUUUAUUUUCUAUUUGACUGCACUUUUAUUUUUAUUUUUUACAAAGAAAAAGGAGAAAAAAAGACAAGAGAGAGAAUAUUCUCUUGAAUCUUUGUUUCACUUAGAUUGUAAACAAUCUAAAUUUUGUAUCUAAAAUGAGAAUCUUCUCUCCCCUCCCACCCCACCAGGACUAGAACUUUUUGUUUCUAUAAUGUACUGAUGUGGUUGAUGUAGAUAAAGCACUUUAGUACAUAUUUGUUCCUUAUUUAAAGGGGAAAAAAAUGACAAAUGCUUGGACAGUCAGGAACUGUGUGACUUUUUCUGACACCGCUGACUGACUCAGGGUGCAGGGAAAAAUAGACAUGCAGCUAAAGGACAAGAAGAUUACUUCUCUAUGAUUCUUCUCUAUGUUGUAGGUACUUGCAGCAGAGAGUUCUAAGUUCUUACUGUAUUUUAGCGUUUUAAUCACUUUCUGGAAUUUACAGUUUAAGCUGGAAUGUGCAGUUCUGAGAGUUAAAUGACGAGGCUGGAAGAACUUGGAACUCUUUGUACAGCAGUAUAUAUCUAACUGGUACUUCUAUGUGACCAAAAGAAAAUAACAAAAAUGAGCUCAAAACUAGUUAGAGGUUUUGGUGUAGAAUUAUUGUAUUAUCUUAAUAGGAAAAUAAUUACAGGUAAACAGAUUACGGGCCCAAACUCCUAGGUACUACUAUACUGCAAGGGGAAAAUUUCCCUACUAGACAAGGGUCAGCUAUUGGAUGUAAAUAGUUAGGAGAAUGCCUCCUGUUCUAUCUGCCAAAGAGAACCUCUGUUGCAUAAGCUUAGAGGGAGACGGUUAUCUUAGCUGAUAAAAAGUAGUGAUGUUGAGGGUCAUUUCUCCUCCACAAUCCCUUGAAUAGCUGGAGGGGAAAGAGAGGGACGAAUCCUUGUGCAGUAUAUGAAUUACUUGAUUCAGAAUGAGCUAUAGGAAAUGUUUUCAUAGCUGUUAAGAGGCGCUAGGAUGGAAUGUAUGUCAACAUCAAGUGCCUAAAUAAUAAAAAAUUAAUCCCGUUGUGCACUAAAAAAAAUGGGUUUCGUAACGCAGGUCAGUCAUCUAGAUGUGUUGAAAAUUCCUGAAAUAAAGUUAAACAUCUUUGAACGUCAGGAAUAAGUCACUGAGAAAGGUAAGACUCCAGUUAUAUUUUUAAUGAGGUAGCACUGAUGAAUCCUCAUGAACAAGGAGGCACAGCACAGAGAACUGUAUGAAGAAUAGGCCACAAGUGCAAAGAGAGCCAGCAGUUAAAUAACAUGAGUGUGAUUACUCCAGCCUGAGAAUCCAGAUGAUUGGUGUUUGUCAAAUUUCCAGCUGUCGUAAAGUGUACAUUAAUCACUUUUUCUAUUUCUGAAAGAGCAUAGUAAAAGAACAGAAGUAAAACUCUGAAAUAGUGCUUCUCAGUCAAGAAGCCCAGGUACUGAUCAGGUAUAGUGAAUAACUGACUUUUCACAACAGAAAGGUCAGGCUCUCAUAUUUUUGUAGAAGAACGGAACAUAAGUUAAAGGGGCAUUUGGAAAUAAACUAUUGGACUACAGAACUGAAAUGAUGUUUAUUGUUUUGGAUGAUUCCUUGAUUGCUUUUGUUGUUUUGUAAAGGCAGAGUGGGCUGGUACUGUAACCCUUGUCCACUCUGACAAGGCUCUACCUGUUCUGUAUCUUUAGAGGACUAUCAGAGCGACGAAGUGCAUGGAGAUAAAACAAUAAGUUUACCCAUUCCCAUAGUCAUUUAUGAGAUUUCUGAAUUUAUUCUGCUAAAUUCCAAAUCUUGUACCAGAGCAUGAGCAGGAGUAUGGAUCUAUCCUAAUCACUUUACCUGUAGUAGAGUAAGAAUGACUUUUUUGAGACCAUCUCUCCUGCGACAGAGUGGUGACUUCUUCAGCUUAUGUGAGUAUUUUACCCAAUUUACAAUUUUCUCGGUCAGCGUACACAACUGUGCAAAGUUUCGUGAGCAUGGGAAGAACUAGUCAGAUCAGGAAAAGUGUAGGAAGCUGAAAGGAAAGUCAGCUUGUGCUGACUUCUUUUUUUGGUUCUCAGUCACUAGAUAAAAGCUGUGAAGCAGUUUUUGUAUUGGUAUAUACUCUGCUCUACAGGACCUUUGCUUUAUAAGCAAAAUAUAAGGACAGUAGGGAUGGGAAGUUUAAUGUAGAACCUAAUAGUUUAUGUAGAUAAUUUAAAGAUCAUAUAGUUGAAAUGAUUGAUUUCAAACAGAGUAAGAAGGUACCAAACUCAAGGUGAAAAUGUAUAUAAAAAUCAGUAGUGGUCAGUGAUAUCUGAAAAGGUAAGGAAAUUUUAUACUACCAAAAAGGGACAUUAAAGGGAAAAUGUAACCAGGUUUAUCUGUAGCAUUCAUAACAUUUAGAUAUACUAUUCUAAAGAGAAACUGCACUCUCUGAAGCUUGAAAAUUUUCAGAAUCUAGUUUUCUUAUAAUGUGUCCUUUCUGUGAGACAGUGCUGGAUCAUGUGUAUUGCAAUAUCACUUCCUCAUUGUGACUUUUAAUUACUGAACAAUCAAGUUUGCUGCUUUUGUGCCUUUUCUAAAAAAUGGCAUUCAGUCAUGACAAUGGUCGGCAUUUUCAAGCCAGGAAAAAAAGAACUCUCAGAAUGCAUUUUUCAUCGUGUCUUUGCAUUGGCAGCUUUCUGACAUGUCAAAGACUGUGCUGCUUAAAUGAAGUGGACGUUUCCCAGUUCCAGUGAUUCCUGUAAAAUUUUAUUAAUUUCUUCAAGGUUAGGCUUGAGCUAGGUCUUUUUCACUCUGUGGAGAAUUUCUCUACUGACUUUAGUUGCUUAACUUAAAGUAAAUGAGAUGUAAAGAUCCCUGCUCACAAAUUCUUGUAUGUCAUUUUAAAAGCCACCAGCAUGUCAGAAUCAUGAAUUAGUCCUAAUUAUUGAAUUCAAUUACAAGAAAAUGCCAAUGAAAGCAGUACUCCUGCAGGGUUGGUUUGCUUUUCUGUAACACCACAAUGAAGCUGUGUUCUCAAAAAAUAAGGAUCGAUGUUCAUGGUGAGUAUGUAUAUUUUCAAAAGACCUACUUAUCUGCUAAUGCAUUUUAAUAUGCUGUCUCUUGCACAUAUUAAGUAACAAAAUUUAAGCUACUUCUGUGGUGUGGUUUUAAUGGUGUAACUAACAGUCCUGUUAGAGGGUGACUCAAAGUUUCAGUUGUGUUGUGGUAGAACAAGUUGUUUCUUCUUAAUUUGGGUGAUAGAAAUAUCCAUACCAGAACUCAAAAAGGUAUGGAUCUAAUAAUUUCAAAGUUAAAUCUGCAUAGUCUUUUUUUUUCUUGACAAUUUAAAUAUAGUCUUAAAACUGCAACUUGACUUUCAAUGCGAUUUUUAGCUAAACAGUCCUUUCAGUAUAGCAAAAUGAAAAGUUUAGGUUUUUUUAGCUAGUGCCUUUUUAUCUGUAUGCCUUAAUUUUUAUUCAUGUUAGAACACCUUAUCAAAAUAUGUCAUACACUUCCAUGUCACCAAAGCAGUCUUAGAGGAUGGGGUUUUUUUCGAUGUGCCCAAACCAGAGUUCGCCUAACUGCAUUGAAAAGUGUACUUGAGUUAUAAUGUGCAGCAGACAUUUAAAUUCAGAAUUUUAAAGUGAUUUCUGGCUUCCUGUGUUAACACAGGUUUUGUAUUUGCAUUCUGGAGACCGUAGACUGAUGCACAUACCACAAAGAGGACUUAUCUGCAAUCACAGAAAUAAGAGUCAGGAUUUGCCUUCCUGGCUCUGGGUACCAGACUCUUCAGCGGAGUUUUUAAUGGGCUUGAAAUUGUAGUUGGUACUUUUGUAAGGCUGUUUACUUUCAGUGCACAGGAAUAUGGUAUGUCCACGCAAACGAACAGAUUUCUCAGUGAGAUUAGCAUGGUGCCCAUGAAACUCUUUCCUGUGCCUUUUGGAUAAUCCUAAUCCUGCCGUUGUCUUGACUGAAAGCCUCGUAGCACUUGUAGGUACAGUGCAGUACAGCAAGCCAUUCUUUGGACAACAUAGAGCGAUGUCUAACUGCAGCUUCAGAGACUUGAGUAAAUUGGUCAGAUCUACAGUUAUUUAUAACCAAUUUCUUACUUUUUAAUCUUGAAAGACUUUGUCAUGCAUAUAGAAAAGUAUAAUGUGUGUGCUUGAAUGUAAGUUCUUAUGAUGUUUCUGGAAAAGCGAAAGUAUUACUGCCGUUGUCAUUUCUUCUUGCUGGUAACUUGCUGUCUUGUGUCAAUGACAAGUCUGCAGUGUAGAAUCACAUAUAAUUACCAAAGCUUUUCUAUCCUGUAUACAUAUAGCCAAAAGUGAUGUUUCAUGGAUUAGUACUGUCACUUAUAGGUAGUGUAUAUCCACCAGUAGGCUGUUGCUGACUGAGUAAAGCAGGUACUAGUAAAAAGUGAUAGACACUGCCCACGUUUCAGAGAUCCAUAUGGGUGUUCAUAGUUGCUGUUCUGAUAUGCAAAAUUCAUGCCCGCAUUAAAAGGAAGAGUUUUCUUUUUAAAGCUCUUUCUAAUUUAAUCUUAUUGUUGUGAUUCUAAAACUAAUGCAUAAGCUUGGUGAUUAAACCUGGUGACUUCUAUAGCCGGGUUUGAGCUUUGGGACAUUUAAGGAACGACAUGAAGAUGGAUUUGUGACCUGACCUGCUUUUUGCGCCAUAGUGAGAACAUUCCAAAGCUGUUGGGAAGCAGUCAGUCCUCUCGACAUGACAGUAAGAUGUCACCCACAGUUACCUACCUGGGUGUUGGUGCUGCCUUCAGGAGGAGCCACUAAUGCACACCAAAGGGUCAGACAGAAUUUCUCCCAACCCGGGACUUCUGAAUCAAAAUCCUUGAUCAGAAACAAAGAAGCUCCUUUCUCUGUUUAUUUCCCCUACUUGGCCUGCACAAUUUAUUUUUCUUUCUAGCUGACAGAGCUUAAACACUGCAUAGGUGGUGGCCACCAAUAGUUCCCAAAUAAGGUGUACGUACAGCUUUAGAUCAGGGGUCCUGUAAUUUGAACCCAGGACGCUGCAGCUCCCGGCUUCCUGGAGCAAUCCUUGGGUUUUCUCUAGCAAUAUAUACACACAUGGAGUUGAGGGAUAGAUGGGAUAGAGGAAAUAAAAAUUCUCACAUUUCAAAGCAGCCAUGCCUUGGCUAGGGCUUAGUUUCCAUAAAGUUAUUUUAAAGGGAGAGGAACUGGAUUAAAACAGAUAAAAGUUCUAUCUCAUGGUUCAGCCCUUAUGUUGAGUCCACAGAUGAGGACUGGAGGUCAGGGUCUUCUGCUGAGAGAUAAGGAAAAGGAUACUCCAACUCCAGGGUGGAUAAUCAUGGGAAAUAGAGCUUUUUUGUGCUUUUUACCCUGGAACUAGCUGAUACUUUUCCCCAGAGAUUUAUAUAAUGUGAUAUAAAAACAAGGAUUGCAUUUUCUUUUCUGAACAGCCAUUAGAUUGUUGGUUCCCUAGUGUUUGUUUCUUGUUAAUACCCGUAAAAAAGGUGGUGUCAUCUUAAAAUUGGAAUGGUUUAUUAUAGUGUCUGUCAUCUCAGACCUCACAGAAGUUGUAUAAAUGGAGUAUCACUGUAAAUAUGUGGAGGAGACUUAGUUUAAUUGGAACGUAGGCUUUUAGUUUUCAUUAAGCUAUGAAUAAAAAUUUGUAAAUUUACUCUUGAUCUAAUGUACAUUUUUAUGUAGCCAUUAAAUUCUCUAUUUAAUCUA